AUGAUCUCUAGGCUUUUUGACUUCAUAAAACAAUCCAAGUCCAUUCAGCUAAAUAACAAACAUUCUCUGGAUAUAUACACAAAUACAUACACAUACCAUAAGGCCUCUUCUUCAUCAUCAACCCCCAAAGCUUUGUGUGAUGUUUUCAUCAACCAUAGAGGAACUGACACAAAGAAAACCCUCGCAACAUUGCUCUACGACAAUCUCAAAGCCCGUAAUUUACGUCCAUUCUUGGAUUACAAGACUUUAAAACCUGGAGAUCAUAUUUUUGAUCAUAUCAAUGGCGCAAUUCUCACUUCUAAAGUCGCAGUAACCGUCUUUUCUCCCAACUAUGGCCAUUCUUAUUCAUGUUUGCACGAGCUUGCGCUUAUAAUGGAGUCAAAGAAAAGGAUCAUACCUAUAUUUUUUGACAUCAAACCUUCACAACUCGAUGUUGAGAUCGAAAGGGUGAGAUGUCCUGAUGAUGAAAUCCAACGGUUUAGAUGGGCUCUUCAAGAAGCUAGAGAUAUCGUCGGACUUAUGUUCGAUUCCGAUAAAGGGAAUUUAUCGGAGGUUGUUACAAGUGCAUCGGAUAUUAUCGUUCAGAGGUUAUUGGAGUUAGAGGCUGAAGAUGAAAAUUUCUAG